CUAGGCUCUCCCGGAAGCCUGACCAGGAUUUGUCAGCAACCCUCUGCAGGGUUGGGCUGAGGGAAACAGAAGGGCCAGGGGUCCGCGUCCUCUGUCAUUUCCAGAAUGGCACUUAGACCCUACCAGUGGGAGGUGAUCAUGCCUGCCCUAGAGGGCAAGAAUAUCAUCAUUUGGCUGCCCACAGGCACCGGGAAGACCCGAGCUGCUGCCUAUGUGACUAAGCGGCAUCUAGAGACUGUGGAUGGAGCCAAGGUAGUUGUACUGGUCAACAGGGUGCACCUGGUCACCCAACAUUAUGAGGAAUUCAACCGCAUGCUGGGUGGACGCUGGGCCAUUGCCACCCUGAGUGGAGACAUGGGGCCAAGAGCUGAGUUUGGACACCUGACACGCAAAAAUGACUUGCUCAUCUGCACUGCUGAGCUGCUGCAGACAGCCCUGAGCAGCCCCGAGGAGGGAGAGCACGUAGAGCUCAGUGCCUUCUCUCUUAUUGUGGUGGAUGAGUGUCAUCACACCCACAAAGACACUGUCUACAACAUCAUCCUGAACCGGUACCUAGAGCAGAAGCUCCAGAGGAAACAGCCGCUGCCUCAGGUGCUGGGCCUUACUGCCUCCCCAGGCACUGGCGGGGCCUCCAAGCUGGACAAGGCCAUUGAGCACAUCCUGCAGCUCUGUGCCAACCUAGAUACGUGGCGCAUCAUGUCACCCCAAAACAGCCGUCCCCAGCUGCUGGAGCACAGCCACCAACCCUGCAAACAGUACAGUCUCUGCCAAAGGCGCCGCCAGGACCCAUUUGGGGACAUGCUGAAGAACCUCAUGGACCAAAUCCACGACCACCUGGAGAAGCCUGAAAUGAACCGGGACUUCGGAACGCAGAUGUACGAGCAGCAGGUGGUGGAGCUGACUAGGGAAGCCGCCCAGGCCGGCCUUCAGCAGCUGCGGGUGUAUGCCUUGCACCUGCGGCGCUACAACGAUGCAUUGCUUGUCCACGACACUGUCCGUUCCCUGGAUGCGCUGGCCACCCUGCGGGAUUUCUAUGACCGCGAGCGUGUCACGAAGACCCAGGUCCUGCAUGCUGAGCGCUGGCUGCUGGAGCUCUUCGAUGAUCACAAGAACACGCUGAACCGCCUGGCCACUUGUGGUCCUGAGAACCCCAAACUGGUGACGCUGGAACAGAUACUGAAGGAACAGUUCGGGAGCCCUGGCAGCCACCGGGGCAUCAUCUUUACCCGCACCCGCCAAAGCGCUUUCUCCCUCCUGCUCUGGCUUCAGCAGCAGCCAGGCUUGCAGACAAUGCACAUACAGGCACAGAUGCUGAUCGGGGCUGGGAGCAGCAGCCUGAACACCCAUAUGACCCAGAAGGGGCAGCAUGAAGUGAUCCAGAAAUUCCGGGAUGGCACCUUGAACCUCUUGGUGGCCACCAGUGUGGCAGAAGAGGGGCUGGACAUCCCUCAGUGCAAUGUGGUGGUGUGCUAUGGGCUACUGACCAAUGAGAUCUCCAUGGUCCAGAUGCGGGGCCGGGCCCGGGCUGCCCAGAGCCUGUACUCCUUUGUGGCAAAUGAGGGAAGCCGGGAGCUGCAACGUGAGCAUACCAGCGAGGCACGGGAGAUGCUGAUGGAACGUGCAGUGGCUGCCAUACAGAAGAUGGACCCGGCAGAGUACCAGGCCAAGAUCCGGGAUCUGCAGCAGGCAACGCUGCUGAAACGGGCGGCCCAGGCAGCCCAGCGUGAGCACCAGUGCCAGCAGUUCCAGCCAGAGCAGGUGCAGCUCCUCUGUAUCAACUGCACCAUUGCUGUGGGCCACGGGAGUGACCUGAGGAAGGUGGAGGGCACCCAUCAUGUCAACGUGAACCCCAACUUCUCGAUUUACUACAACAUCUCCCAGCAGCCAGUGACCAUCCACAGAGACUUCAAGGACUGGAAACCUGGGGGUGUCAUUAGCUGUAGGAAUUGUGGGGAGCUCUGGGGUCUGCAGAUGAUCUACAAGUCGGUGAAGCUGCCAAUACUCAAGAUCCGGAGCCUGCUGCUGGAGACACCACGAGGCCGGCUCCAAGUCAAGAAGUGGUCCCGUGUGCCCUUCCUUGUGCCUGACUUUAAUUACCUGCAGCACUGUGCCCAGAACCUGCCCGACUACUCCUGGGACUGACCACUUGACCCCUGCACUACCUGGCUCAGGCUGCAGGGGGCAGGAGACUCCACAGGAGCCUCCAUCUUCUGGCAAAGCUUGCAUCCAGCUGCUGCUCCUUCCCUUGCCCCACUUCCUCUCCCCCCCACCACACCCCUCUGCCCCCCUCAUCCCUCCAAUCUACCUCCCCAGUCACUAGAUCCUUCAGAGGGCAGGCCAGCUGCAAGGGUGAGGGGACUGCCAGGUGGGAAAAAAAACUGUGCUGUACUUAUACUGCACUAUACUGGGAAUCCCCACUAGUUUCCUUGGCCCUUGACAUAUCUUUCUUCACGAAGUCAUUUCUUUUUUUUAAGGCCCCAUAUAAAUUACAAACAAAAAAUGUAAAACUGG